CCGAGCCCGAAAUUUCCCCCAACAACGUUUUCCGCGGCCAGCAGCUCCGGCUAUGACGCGCUUGAAACCAUGUCCAAGAACUGGGCAUCGACGCUGAGGCUGCCCAAAUCGACGUUUCCGUAAGCAUUCCCAUACUUUAGUGCUGCCGACUCUCACAGCGCCCAUUCUUUUCUAUCUUUUUCGCUCACGCGCCGCAGACCGCGUCCGCUGCCGCAGCACCGCGACCAGUACAUCCAGCGAUGCGCCGAUGACUUCUACAAGUGGCAGGCGGCCAACCGCCCCGCCGACAACGAGUUCCUGCUGCACGACGGCCCGCCCUACGCCAAUGGCAGCCUGCACGCCGGCCAUGCGCUGAACAAGAUCCUCAAGGACAUGAUCCUGCGCGUCAAGGUCCAGCAAGGCCGCCGCGUCUCGUACGUCCCCGGCUGGGACUGCCACGGCCUGCCGAUCGAGCUCAAGGCCGUCGGCGCGGCCGAGGGCAAGCGCAUGUCGCCGGGCGCCAUCCGCAAGGCCGCGCGCGAGCUGGCCGCCAAGACGGUGCUCGAGCAGAUGCAGAGCUUCCGCACGUACGCCGUCAUGGCCGACUGGGACGCCCGCUGGACCACCAUGGACACGGCCUACGAGAUCCGCCAGCUCCGCCUCUUCCAGCGCAUGGCCCGCCGCGGCCUCGUCUACCGCCGCUACAAGCCCGUCUACUGGUCGCCGUCGUCCGGCACCGCCCUGGCCGAGGCCGAGCUCGAGUACAACGAGGCCCAUGUGUCGCGGGCCGCGUACGUGCGGUUUCGCGUGGUGGAUGGGUACGGCGCGUUGCCUGGGAUGGAGGGGUUUGAGGGGCGCCUGUUUGCGGUGGUGUGGACGACGACUCCCUGGACGCUUCCUGCCAACAGGGCGAUUGCUGUCCACGAGGACCUGGCGUACCAUAUUGUCCGCGUCGGUGCGGAUGCUUUCUUGGUGGCUGAGAAUUGCCUGGAGCGCGUGGCGAAGGUGUUGGGAGGGGAAACGGCGGCGCCGGAAGUCGUUGGCACGGUCAAGGGCAGCCAGCUGACGCAGUUGCGCUAUGUCAACCUGCUCCGCGGCAAGUCGGCCGAAUUGCAGCCCUUCAUCCACGGCUCGUUUGUGACCGAGGGCUCUGGAAGCGGCCUCGUUCAUUGCGCGCCAGGGCACGGCUUCGACGACUAUCUUGCCUGCCUGUCCCUGGGGAUUCCGGUAUCUGCGCCGGUGGACAACGACGGCUUGUUUACGGAGGAGGCCUAUCCCGAUCAGCCCGACCGUCUAAAGGGCAUCUCCGUGCUAGACGGUGGCAGUGCGGCUGUGCUGGAGCUGCUUGGUGACGACGUCCUGGACGUCCACGAGUACCGGCACAAGUACCCCUACGAUUGGCGGACCAAGCAGCCCAUCAUCAUCAGGGCCACCGCCCAGUGGUUUGCCGAUGUGGACACCAUCAAACAGGAGGCGCUUGCGGCGAUCGACGAGGUCCGCUUCGUGCCCGAGCACGGGAAAAACAGGCUCGAGGCCUUCGUCAGGGGCCGCAGCGAGUGGUGCAUCUCGCGGCAGCGAGCCUGGGGCGUGCCGAUUCCCGCGCUGUACGAGCCGAAUGGCGAUGCCGUCAUGACGGACGAGGUGAUCGACCACAUCAUUUCGGUCAUCCAGGAGCGGGGAACCGAUGCCUGGUGGACGGAUCCCGCCGACGAUCCGGCCUGGAUCCCCGAGCCGCUCCGAGGCAAGACAGAAUACUCGCGCGGCCUGGAUACCAUGGAUGUCUGGUUCGACAGCGGCACGAGCUGGACGAUGAUGAACAGGCAAGCGGAUUUGUAUCUGGAAGGCUCCGACCAGCAUCGCGGCUGGUUCCAAUCCAGCCUGCUCACUCGCGUGGCUGCCAUGGGGGACCACAGCGCCAAAUCCACCACGAAUACGCUCGGCCUGUCGCCGUUCAAGACGCUCAUCACGCACGGCUUCACGCUGGACCAGGACGGCAAGAAGAUGUCCAAGUCCCUGGGCAACAUCAUCUCGGCCGACCAGGUCAUGGACGGCUCGCUGCUGCCCCCACUCAAGGCCAAGAAGAAAGGCGGCAACAACACCCCGCCCGUCAAGGACGCGCUCGGGCCGGACGCGCUGCGCCUCUGGGUCGCCAGCAGCGACUACACGGGCGACAUCGUCCUGGGCGAGCCGGUGCUCAAGACGAUCCACCAGGCGCUGCUCAAGUACCGCACCACGAUCAAGAUGCUGACGGGCAGCAUGCACGCGUCGGCGCGCACGGCGCCGCUCACGGCGGUCGACCAGAUCGCGCUGCUGCAGCUCCGCGACGUCAUGGCCGAGGUCGGCGCGCACUACGACGCCUACGAGUUCAACAAGGCGUUCGGCUGCCUCAACCGCUGGCUGACCAACGACCUGUCGGCCUUCUACCUCGAGGCCCUCAAGGACCGGCUCUACUGCGCCGACGGCGGCGGCGCCCUCGAGCCCAUCUUCGUCGGCCUCCUGCGCAUGCUGGCGCCCCUCACGCCCGUGCUGGUCGAGGAGGCCUGGGAGCACCGCCCCGCGUGGAUGAAGGAGGAGGAGGAGAAGGGGGAGAAUGGCGGUGCCGCGCAACAGCAGCAGCAGCACCCGCUGCGGCAGCUGUAUGACGCGCCGCUGGUGGAUCCCGCGCGGCUGACGAUCGACGAGGCGGAGCUGCGCGGCGCGGUCCCCGUGCUGAUGCGCGUGCACGCGGCGAUCAAGGCCGCGCUGGAGACGGCGCGGGCAGACAAGCUGCUGGGCUCGUCGCUGCAGUGCGCGGUGGUGCUGCAGGUGCCCGAGGGCGGGCGCGUGCUGCGGACGCUGAGGAGGUUCAGCGACGAGCUGGAGGCCAUGUUUGUGGUGUCGUCGGUCGAGCUGAACGGGGCAGUGCCCGAGGGGGAGGGGGCACAGUGGAAGCGCUGCGAGGAGUUUGAGCUGGACGGCGAGGCGUGCAAGGCGUGGGUGCUGCCGCCCAAGCAGGCCAAGUGCCCCCGCUGCUGGAGGUUUGUUGCGCCCCAGGAGGACCAGCUGUGUGCUCGGUGCGAGGAGGUCGUGGGCGAGGCUGUACAGUAGGUGUAUGACGUGUGUACGAUAGAGGUAGACGGGUGGACAGACUAGGUCAGUAGACGGCGGCAAUGGAUACCCAUCUGUAUCAGCUCAGGGGUUGUUGAUGGGGCUCGGGGAUGUUUUAGUCGCCUCUUUACGGUGGCUAGGUAUUUCUUCCCAGAGUUCCCCCCCUUUCUUUUUUUCUCCAACAUCCGCAUCCUGGACCACAGGAGCCAGACCGUUGCCGGCUGCGCGGCGGCCGAGAAGGGGUCUAACGUUAGUCGGAUGACUGCUCUAUUUCGUCCUUACGCUUGUUACCGCUGCAAUCCUGUGAUGUUAUACAGCAUGGCCGCC